AACUUCCGGUUCCGGGUUGUCUCUAGGCUGCAGAGCUUUAGCCAUGCGUUUCGCUUGCAGUUAGCAGUUUUCAGCCUCAAACGAAAGCCUCGCAGUGUUCUGAUUAAAACUAUAUUUUUAUAAAUCAUGUGAUGUAUUCGUUGAGGACGUGUUGAUCAUUACGAUCCAGCAGGAACAAAUCCCGGAGGAAAAGUGGAAUCUCUGCGCUCCUGGACCAGAAUGACAAUAACAUCGUGAAAGCAGUAGAUGAUUGGGAGCCAAACUUCUGAAUCCACGAGUCCCGCUGACAGGGAUUAAACCAAGGAGGAGGAGAGGAGCUCCGAGGAACAGAGCGUCUAAGAAACCACCAUAAGGUUUAGGAGCAAAAAGAAUGUAGAAAUCGCCACAAAAAACGGAGAAAAAAGCAGAAAACUUGGUCAAGAAACUGUAAAUGUUCAUCAAACUAAACGGAACACCAGAGCUGGCCCAGAUUAUGGUCCUCAGCAUGGAAGAGUGAAAGAUAAGAAAAGCAACAGAGAUCUUCACUGGACUUAACUCCACAAACAAAGACACCAAAUAUCCCCCACACCAUGUGACUGGAAUCUGCAAGAAAGAGUUCUCAGCUGUGAUCAUCUUGACCUCAUCUUGUUCAAUUACUCUGAUAACAGCUCAGAAAGUGUCUGAUAAACGCAAAUAUUCUAACAUAGACGACUCCAAAUAGAUUAUAAACUGUUCAUCAUAACUUGGUUCAAGCCAGGAAUAGUUUCCUGACUGCAUGAAAAAAGGAUCAAAAAAACAUUUUAUGCAUCUGUUGAGAUCAUAAUAUAACCCACCUCGAACAUAAAGCAAAACGUGUCCUGAUUGGCUGUUUUAAAAUAACUUCCCCCACUCCAUGUCUCCUGUAAAAAGGAUUCAGAAUGCCAACUACAAUACUGUACUCUACUGUAGAUCUUUGAUCGCUAGCUUUAUGACUUUGAUGUACUGUGUGUUUGAACGUUUUCUUCUCAAUAAUGCCGUCAAAACGCUCUGCGUCGUCAAAGCUGACUGCGGUGGCACCCAAGAGGCAGAGAAAGAUGCUAACCAUCACACAAAAAGUUGGACUCCUGGACAUGCUGAAGGAAGGUAAAAGCUUCUCCGCCGUAGGGCGCCAUUACGGAAUAAAUGAAUCAACGGUUCGUUACAUAAAGAAGGAGGAAGAAAAUAUAAGGAGGACAGCAGCAAUAAGCUUCAACAAAGACGCAAAAAGGGUGGUGACUGUCCGCAACAAGACCAUCAUAAGGAUGGAGUCUGCUUUAGCUUUGUGGAUCAGUGACUGCAGGAAACGGAACAUUACGCUGGAUACUAACAUUAUCCGCACAAAAGCCAAGAUACUUUAUGAAACUUUUGAGGGCAGCGAUGGCGUCAACGGCAGCAAGGAGCCCAGUCCAUCAACGAGUGCGUUUCACUCAGAACCGUUUCAGUUUAACGCCAGCAAAGGCUGGUUUGACAAAUUUCAGAAACGCGUUGGGCUUAAAAAUGUUUACCUGCAGGGAGAGGCCGUCUCAGCGGAUGUGGCUGGAGCAGAAGCCUACGCCAAAAACACAUUUAAAACAAUAAUCGAGGAAGGGCGGUACAAGCCUGAACAAGUUUUUAAUAUGGAUGACACGGGAUUGUUUUGGAAACGAAUGCCCUCUCGCACAUUUUUAAUGCAGGACGACGCCAAAACAGGUUUCAGGACCCAAAAAGUCCGCGUGACUCUGGUUAUGUGUGGAAAUGCUGCAGGCUUUAUGAUAAAACCGGGUCUCAUUUCUAGGUCAAAAAAUCCAACAGCCCUGAAAGACAAGAAUAUGAGUGAUCUGCCCGUUUACUGGAUGCACAACGCAAUGGCUUGGAUGACAAGAGCGCUGAAUCUGAACUGGUUCAAAGGGUGUUUCAUCCCAGAGGUCAAGCGCUAUUUAGCCGAAAAGGGACUGGACUUCAAAGUGCUCCUCCUCAUAGACAACGCUGGAGGCCUCGCUGAUGAUUUGUCGCAUGACGGUGUGAGAAUCGAAUUUCUGCCGCCGAACACUUCGUCGCUGAUUCAGCCUAUGGAUCAAGGCAUCAUCCGCGCCUUCAAGGCGCUGUACACGCGCAACACUCUGCAACACCUUGUUGAUGCUAUGGACUCUGACAAAAAAUUCUCAUUUAAAGACUACUGGCGUGACUACACCAUCGCAACGUGCCUCCAAGAUAUUCAGAGAGCAAUUCAGGAGAUGAAAAGUGAAACUUUAAAUUCCUGCUGGAAAAAGCUGUGGCCAGAGGCAGUGCGCAACCCCACCGAGGGCUCUCUUGAUAACAUCCAUCGCUCGGUGGUGGAUACGGCGGUGAGUCUGGCUAAGCGGCUCAAGGGAGACGGCUUCAAUGAAAUGACCGCCGAGGACGUUAACUCUCUGAUCGAUGCCCACUCACAACCGCUGACCGACGAGGACCUGGCAGAGAUGACCAAGCCGGCAAGCGAGGAGGAGGUCGAAGAGGAUGAGAAGGAAGUCAGUGUUGUUGUUGUAAAAGAGGAGGACGGACUAACCCUCGACCGCUUGGAAGCCAUGGUGAGCAUGGCCAGUGACCUGCAGCGAGCUGCGCAAGAAUGGGACCCCUGUGGGUUUCGUUCAACGCAGUUUUCAAAACUAAUAGAAGGAGGCAUGUCUGUUUAUAAGCAUCUCCUCUACCAGAAGAGAAAGAAGCGCCAGAACCUAUAUAUUACUAAGUUCUUGGCUCGCAAAAACGCAUGUGCAGCGAGGCCUUCGGUGGAGAAGGACACAAUGAUGUUGAAGCGGAUCAAGGAGGAAGAGCUGUAAAUAGUUUCUGAUGUCCCCCACCUUGUUGAUUCAUUGAUGGUUAAAGACUCUUUUGGUGUUAAUGACAUGUUCUAGUAUUUUUCUCAAGAUGAAGGAAAUAUAUUAAAAAAAUUGAGAUUAAAA